AUGCUUGGCGUCAUACGCUCGAGCCUAUUUGUGUAUGCACGCGUCGAACUGCGCACGGCACAUGCGAUAUCAACAUUCUGUACUCUUGUUCGUGCACGUGCCGAUCUCGCACGCGCCGUGCGCCGUCUAUGGAUCGGCCCCGUCCACGCACGCUCCGAUCUGCUCACGAUCCUCGCCUUGCCAACGAUCAGCGACUCGCUGUACCUUGCAACACAGCGCGAGCAUGUGUACAAUGACACACGCAUUAUCCUGCGUGUGUGCCGACGCCUAGACGACGUCGCUCUGAGUGGUUCCCUUAUAGCCACCGACGUCGUUCACUCCUAUGGCACGGCUUGUCAGCCGACCAUCAUCACCUCUAUCAACCCACACAGCUUCAUCUCUGGGUUUGAUGCGCCCAUCUUCCGUCGUGUACAUACCCUGACUAUCUGCGAUAUCAACUUGUCGUUCUCUGAAGCGAUGGCUAUCCGUCGCAUGCCAUCACUCCGCACGUUGUGCUUUACAUCUCCUAAAGACUACGGUGAUCCACAGAUCGAUGCAAAUGUGCUCCAAAAGAUCCUGGUGUACGACGAUCCACUCGAGUCCCUGGCGACUCUGCGUCUAGACGACGCAGCGGCCCUGCACAUGACGAUCCGUGCAUUGCCACAUCGAGCGAAGCAAGUGGCCGACGCUCUGUAUGCGAGUCUCGCGGACAACGAGCGCGCCAACGACCUCAAUGCACAGCAUACAAGCGAUCAAGAGCACAACGCACUGCACCCCGAUACUAUUCUCGAUGAUGAAGACGAAGAAGUUCGGCAGCAGUUGCUGCACCAGAGGCUUCGGCAACAACCCCUGCCGCUUCAACGACGGCAUCAGCCUUGCCGAGCAGCCGUACAUGUCGACACACGCACACUUCCAAGCACGUUCGUCGAUGCUUGGGAUGCGCUACGCGAUCUCGUGUUCAAUGCACAGGAAGACUACUCCCGUAUGGCUCUGGAAGAUGAUGUGGGUACAUGGGUCGAUCCGAGUCAUGCGCUGGAACUGCUGUACGAGGAAUGGCACAGCGCUACGCCACAUACGCCGACACCUCCUCCUUCGGCAUCCACACCCACACAGCCAGUGCACACAUAA